GGGGCGUGAGGGGCGGGGGGGGGGGCGAGGCGGAGAUGUCGGUGCCGCUGCUGAAGCUGGGCGUGGUGCUCAGCACGAUGGCCAUGAUCACCAACUGGAUGUCGCAGACGCUGCCCGCCCUGGUGGGCCUCAACACCACCAAGCUCAGCGCCGCCUCCGCCGGCCCCCGGCACCGCAGCACCGGCGUGUUGCCGGCCAACCCCGAAGAGAGCUGGCAGGUCUACAGCUCCGCUCAGGACAGCGAAGGGCGGUGCAUCUGCACAGUGGUGGCCCCUCAGCAGACCAUGUGUUCGCGGGAUGCCAGGACAAAACAGCUGCGCCAACUACUAGAAAAGGUACAAAACAUGUCGCAGUCAAUAGAGGUGUUGGACAGGCGGACCCAGCGGGAUCUACAAUAUGUUGAAAAAAUGGAGAAUCAGAUGAGGGGGUUGGAAUCCAAGUUCAAGCAAGUGGAAGAGACUCACAAGCAACAUCUGGCUAGACAGUUCAAGGCGAUAAAAGCGAAAAUGGAGGAGCUUAGGCCCUUGAUCCCAGUGUUGGAGGAGUACAAAGCCGAUGCCAAAUUGGUUUUGCAGUUUAAAGAGGAGGUCCAGAAUCUGACGGCAGUUCUAAGCGAGCUCCAGGAGGAAAUUGGCGCCUAUGACUACGAAGAGCUUCAGAACAGAGUGUCAAAUCUGGAAGAGAGGCUCCGGGCUUGCAUGCAAAAAUUAGCCUGUGGCAAACUGACAGCAAUAAGUGACCCAAUCACAGUCAAGAUCUCUGGAUCAAGGUUCGGCUCGUGGAUGACUGAUCCCCUGGCUCCAGAAGGGGAGAAUAAGGUCUGGUACAUGGACAGCUAUCACAACAAUCGCUUUGUCCGCGAGUACAAAUCCAUGGCCGAUUUUAUGAACACCGACAAUUUCACCUCUCACCGUCUCCCUCACCCAUGGUCUGGAACUGGCCAAGUCGUGUACAACGGCUCGAUCUAUUUCAACAAAUACCAAAGUCACAUAAUCAUCAAGUUUGACUUGAAAACUGAGACCAUCCUUAAGACCCGUAGCUUGGACUAUGCUGGCUACAACAACGUCUACCACUACGCCUGGGGCGGACAUUCUGACAUCGACCUCAUGGUGGACGAGAAUGGCCUGUGGGCAGUCUAUGCCACCAAUCAGAAUGCAGGAAACAUUGUCAUCAGCAAGUUGGACCCCAACACCUUACAAAGCAUCCAGACCUGGAACACCAGUUACCCAAAACGCAGUGCUGGCGAAGGGUUCAUCAUCUGCGGUACUUUGUAUGUCACCAAUGGCUAUUCAGGAGGAACCAAGGUGACCUACGCUUAUCAGACCAACACUUCCACUUACGAAUACAUAGAUAUCCCCUUCUUAAACAAAUAUUCUCAUAUUUCUAUGCUGGACUACAACCCCAAGGACAGAGCUCUCUAUGCCUGGAACAACGGCCAUCAAAUACUCUACAAUGUCACCCUCUUCCAUGUUGUCCGGUCUGAUGAAUUAUAGUCCAUUUCUGUCUGGGAAAGAACUGAAUGCACAACAGAAACAAACAACUAAGGAAAUAAAUACAUGCAAUGUGGAAAUAUACCUAUUCAAGAAAAAAAUAACAAAGAAAUUUUAAGAAACAGCAGCCACCGAAAUUUGUGAGCUAGAGGAUGACUCAGUCCUGAAAUCUUGCAAGAUCAGCACCUAUCUUUCCACUGUUCACAGAAUUCAGAUGUGUUAUAGACAAUGCAGAAGUUAAAAUAAACCACUUGUUUGCAGCUGGAACUGCACUGGAAAAACCACUUUUGAGGAGUUUUUUGGAGGGUGGGGUUGUUUUUCCCCCCUUAUGUUCCAAUAGCAAAACUGUAGUUAUAUAGUACAAUGUAAGGCAAUGACUGUUGGAAAUUUAAUGUUGGGGUAGGGGGUGGGGGGGAAAUACAGUUCUUCUCUCCUUUUUCUCUUUUUUGGUAAGUUGCAUGGUCUUUUUCGUACAUCACAACCAGUUACGAUGGAUGUGUGGUUUGUAUUUGGAAAUAUUAAGUUGAUUCAUGUUGGCGGUGUCUGAUUUUUAAAAAGAGGUCAAAGGCUUGGGGUUGGAGCCAGGGACUGCGGCGCGCUCGCUCUUGCGCUCGCUCGGUUCUGUGUCACCUUUAGAAGAACUGGUCAGAGACCCAAAGUAGGUAAUGAAUUUGUGUCUUUAAUAGCUAUAAAAUUUUUGAAAAAGGAAAAAAAAAGAAGUUUCCAGUAUAUACUAUGAACAAAUUGUUGUACCCAAAUAUUUGUUUGAACUUAUGUAUCCAGCCAGUAUCUUGUACAAUGUAUGUCUGUUAUUAACCAGAGGUGGAAAAACUUUGUAUGUCCAAGUUUAUGCAAAUGAAUGUUGUAAAUGCAAAUGAUGUCAUUUGAUUUAAUAAAUGAAGGUUUCCUAUCUUAAAAAGAUAAAA